CGGUCCGUACUUCGUGCAGUGUCUAUAACACACUUUCGGGGCCCAGCAUUUAGCGCUGGAUGUCUCGAGAGGUAACAGGCCAGUGACUACCAAUCGAAUGCCGCGCCGCUAGAGUCGAGUUGCGUGUGUUGUGACAGAGUUCCUCCUGCUGCAGAAUCGGAGCACGUGGCUUUGAUGAUACAGGUUAAACUGCAUCAAAAGGUGCACGGAACUGCCAGAUAUGACUGACAGGGGAUACUUACCGACGUAUCCGUGAUUUGUCGGGGGAAUGGUCUCGUACCCGUCUAAAUGAAUGGAGGUUACUUAUUGUGAAUUUAUGGAUUACGUUAUUCUCUGGGAUUAAUUAUUAAGAAAUGAAGAUUUUGAACCGGGACACUUGUUUUAGUGCCGUGGUUUUUAUUUUGUUGACGAUUUUUACAAGAGCUUUCGGGUCACGUCACGGAGUUUCGGGCAGGUACCCGAUCCCGAAGUUUAUGGAGACGGACACCAAUCUGACGGCGAGUGCUGGCGAUAGGGCAGUGCUGGUCUGUAGGGUGGAGAAUCUGGGGACCAGGGAGAUAAUCUGGAGGAAGCUGCCCAGUGUGACGCCAUUGACCAUUGGUGGAUAUGUUUACGUCAACGAUGUAACCAUUUCUGUGGAGCAUGCGCGGGAGUCAGAGGACUGGAAACUGAUUAUUUCCGGUGCACAUUCCAGACACAGCGGGGAGUACGAGUGUCAAGUGCCCACUGCCGACAAACAGAUGCGGAAGCAGUUCUACCUCACCGUUACAGAAAAAUCCGAUCGCUUUCCACAUCAGUCUCAUUCAAAAGAAGUCAUCUACAUAUCUGACAGACAGCAUGUAAAUACGGACGAACCGUUCGAGAUAUCCUGCAAUGCCACAGGAGAUGACUUCGUUCCUGAUAAUAUUGACUGGUUUAAAAAUGGUCAAAAACUUCAGAGUGAUGUCGAAAAAGGUGUCAGCAUCAAAUUUUCUGUGAGCAUGGAAACCAAGACGAUCAAGAGUACGUUUCGAGUCGCGCACGCGAACAUGACCGAUGCCGGAACCUACACGUGCCGCACGUCCAACAGUCUCGUGGAGUCCACAUCAGUCGUUGUGCUGUAUGCUACAAGCAAGAACAGCAAAAGAGUGAUUUACCCAGAACAAGUACACUCGCCUUCGUCCUGGGCCAACCAUCUUCAUUCGUCGCCCUCUUGUCAUCUGUUUAUAUCAAUCAUAAUUGUUUUGUUACACAUGGUGUGAAAAUGUUCUCUAAUUUAUUUUUUUAAUAUGGCCAGUUUUCUACAAAUACAAACAGGUACAUGUAUAAUGGCGUGUUCUGACGGCGUAUGACUCCCACUACCACAAACUUUCAAUAUAAUAUGUAGCACAUAUACUACAUAUGUAUAUAUUUGGAAAAAUAUCCUAAUGGCGACAACUGGUUAGCAUUCGUCAAAUUUAUGAGAAUUAGUCAACAGUCUCAAAAUAUUCGAGAUUCUUGUGAGUUUCUGCUUUAAGAGACUGUUCCUUUUAACGGUUUCUCCGAUUGCUGACUAUCCAUUUCGGACUAUUUACACCAAACAUGGUUGUCCGCCACAUCGGUGUGGAGUUUCAAUGCGCAUGCCUGCCAUCUAUAAGGUAAACUGUGUAGGCGCGAACGUUAUUGUGUCAAAUCGAUUAUCAACUUAAUUGUGAUUUGAAGUUUGCACAUUUUUAUAUUUAAUAAUCUGGUUUUUGUUUAUGGUCAUAUUUUAUUCACGAGUCAUUGAUUUGAUAACAUUUCAUAUGAAUUUUAUGUAUGUAUUCAACCUUUCUAGACACCUGCCAUUGUAUUAUAGCUAUUAUAAUAUUUCACGUUUUAUUCCCCCUAUUCAUUCCACUUCGACAUAACGUUCAUGUUGUUUUCAUUUUAUUUUCAACUAUAUCAUUGUCUACAAGUUGCAAUUCAAUUCGAAUGUAUCUGGUAAAAAAUGCUAAAUCUUGUACGUGUGGAAAACAGUCAUGUACAGGUAAUAUUUAAUAGUUUCUCGACUUGUUUGUAUUAUUUAAAAAAAAUCGAUGAUUAACAACAUCAACAAAUAUCAUUUAUAACGAGUUUAUGCGUGACAUGGUAUAUUUUCCAUGUGUCGAAUGCCACUGACGAAAUCAUGUAGGUCAACAUACGUAUAUAUUGAGACAGUUUAUAGACGUUUUACUGUGAAUUUGAAUAUUAAUUAGAAAAUUUGAUUUGAAGUAAUUUUCAUUGUUUCAAAUAAAACAAUUUUAACAUUUACAGAUUUUUUCUCUGUAUACUGUCCUUACCUCUCUAAUUAAGUCACGUGGAGUUAUACUAGUUUAUUUAAUUCUGUACCAAAGUAUAUGUCACAUGAAUAAAUUGUUUCAAUUGUA